UACUGAAUUUUCGCUAAAUGCAAACUUUCCACGCACAGUGCAGCCCGUAAACUAGUGAACUAUGUUUAUUUGGCAUCUGGCGAUCGUGUUUUCGUUAUUGUUUGGCGGCAACUGAGCGUGUAAAGUGGAUUAUUGUCGUCGCAAAAAGUGUGUCACCCUCGGCUUCUCGGCUGAGCAAGGCUCAAAUGGAAUGGCGGCCGAUAGUGACGGUGAUCAACAGAAACGGACAAACAGUAGUAGUAGCAGCAGGCGUAGAAAUGCCGGAAGCGAAGGGUACCGAAACAAGUGCUGCAAUAGCAGCAAAAGCAGUAGUGUCAGUGAAAAUCAAAGCAAUAGCAGCACUCUAAAGGCGGUUGUUAUAUGCGAAGGCAACUUGCACGAUCCCGACUUUCCGACGCGGCUCGAAAGCUUGGUGGAAAGUCUAGCGACGCUCGUGGAGGAAAAGCAACCGGAGAGCGAUGGCGGAAAGGAGAAACAGGACACGACCGGCAAGCUUACGGUCGAUAAGGUCGAACCGUGGAACAGUGUGCGCGUCACUUUAUCGAUACCGAAGGAAGCUGCCGUACGGUUGCGGCGGCUUGCUGCCGAAGGAAACAGUGCACUCCGGGCGCUUGGUAUCCUGUCCGUGCAGUUGGAAGGUGAGACGGUACUGUCGUUGCGGUUAGCUGGUCAGCAGGAAAUUGUUUUGCGGACGGAUAAUUCCGCACUCGAUGGUGCAGUGGCUGGCAGCAGUGGAAGUUCCGGUGGUUUGGGUGAAUUAACGCGGGUUCUAUCCCAGCAACAGCAGCAACAACAGCAUCAAGUUGGCUUGCCACAUCCAACCCAAUCACAUCCUGCGGGUUUACAUCAACCUCAAGGCGUUUAUGCCCAACCAAUACAUCCACCACAACAACAACAACAGCAGCAGCAACAACAUCUCAUCCAACUGCAACAACAGCACCAUCUUCAGUUGCAACAGCAGCAACAACAGCAGCUGCUGCACGGUUCAGUCGAUGGUAAUCCCGGUCCCAGUACCUCUAAGAUCGUGCACUCGAAUCUACCGAAAGCUCUCAGCAAUGGUCCAGUACCACUGGAAGCGGUCGGCGGUGGGGUCGGUGGCAACGGGCCACCCGUAAUGUUUAAGUCACCAAACACAAUCUGCCCGAUGGACGGCAAGGUGCCCGCCCAUGUGCCAAAUGUGGUCGAUGCCUGCGAGUAUCCGUUCGAAAGUAUGACACAGGCAAGGGUGAUACAACGGCGCGAGAAUACGCUCGGACUGAGUGGUAGUAGUAGUGUGGCGGUAACGGCUGGUCCCUCCAUCGCCACAGUUUCCGGAGUCGGUGUUGGGCUGGCGGCUAAACCUGCGAAUGGUCCAUUCGUAGCAGCACCCAUCGGUGCCGGUCCAAUACAACCGCCGCCACCAUAUCAAUCUGCGGUCGGAACGGGAAGUGGCGUUGUAGCAAAGGAUGGUCUAGUUGUACCACCAGGAGCGACAACGACGGUAACGGUUGGGUCGGGUUCGGUACCCGUUCCAGUGGGUACAGUGAGUGCGGGCAACAAUGUGGCCAUGUCCAGCCCUUUGCUGGUAAAUUUGCUGCAAAAUGAAAACAGUCCACAACAAACCGUUUCCCCUCAGCAGCAACAGCAGCAGCAGCAACUAAUGCGCGGUGUAGGACAACAACCCAUUUUGAAGCAAGAAUUACUGAUAGCUAGUGGAACUGGCGGUGGUGUAGUGAAAGGUGGAGUCAUUCCAAACAUGCCGCAAACGGCAUUGUUGACACAGCAAAGUGUUGCCGGUGGCAGUUCGGUGUCGAACAUGAGUGACAAUGAUCCGAGUGUGCACGGUGUUGUAACGGGAGGCGGAAACCUUAAGAGUGGUAGCGCUGUGAACCAUCAAGUGACGAGUGUAAAUCAACAGCAACAGCAUCUAGUACAUCAUCCAGUGAUUGGCGGGGCACCGACGAUGGCCACGUCCAUGGUUUCCGCAAGAGGGACGACAGUUUCUGCCGUUACUCAACAGCAGCAGCAGCAGCUGACCUUAGUGAAUAGUAAUAGUCCAUUGCGUGGUACUGCGUCCGCAACAGUGCCGGGUGUGUCGGGCACGAUGCUCAGUGCUAGUAGUGGUGUGAAUAGAAUUAAUAAUAUGACUUCAAUGACAGUAGCAGCGGUAACCGCUGUAACGCCCGCGAACAACAGUAGUGACAGUAACGGUAACAAUCAGAGUGCGUUGAAUGUGUCGCCUUCUUCUCUAGUAACUCCACCAUUGUCAGUGCCUUCAAAUAGUAACAGUAGCAGCAGUAACGCCACCUCCUCCUCCACGCUGAACACGAUCAAGCUGCAACGAUACAGUCUCGUGGCGGGUCCAUCUACCAGCGGAGUAGGAGGAGCAGUAGCGGUGGGGUUGGGCCCAUCCGUACGGGCACCACAGCAACUCACGGCGCCAAGCGGCGUUGUAUUGCCCGGUAACAAUCGAGCAGCUGUGAUGGGACCGUCGCAUAGUCAUCCACAGGGAAUGCGGCCGCCCCAAUCCCCAUCACCAGCGUUCCAGCUGCAGGACCAACUGCAAAUGCAGCAGCCACAACCACAACAACAUUCCCAGCAACCGAAUCGUUUCCCGAUUCAACAGCAGCAAUCGUUGGCCCAACAGCAACAGCUACCGUUUCGACAGCCAAAUCCAAUGCCUUCUCCAUCACCUCAGCAACAGCAGCAACUGCUGCCGGGACAUCAGUCUGUUGGCUACGCUCAACGAUGGCCAACGCUGCCGAUGGAUUCGGCCACCAAGUCCGGCUACCAGGAGUUCGCACGCUUUCAGAUGCAGUACAAUCUCACUCAGCAACAGUUGAACAAGCCUACUGCAUCGCUGGGACAGCAGCAGCAGCAGCAGCAACAGGAGCAACAACAGUCACAAUCGCUUGAUGGGGUCGUAGCAACCGCAAGCGCAUCAGCGAACGUUGGCUCUGAUCCGCUAGAACUGGGAAACUGUCUAGUGGAUCUGCCAGAUUUGGCGAAAAAUGAUCUGGACUCGUUGCUACCGAGCGAUCUCGACAGUAGCGUAUUUCUCGACACGAAGCUGGAGGAUCUGGACGAGUUGGAUCUAAUGGAUCAGCAGCAUCAACACCAUCAUACGCUGCUCGGUGCCGCAACGCUUCCACAACCAGGUGAUAUUGCAACGACCACCGGCACACUGCUUGGUGGUGGUGCUUCCGGUAAUGGCUCUGUAGUGGGCGGACUCACCGGUCUACCAAUGGGAGCACCGACCGGCGCGAUGCUGAACGAUGUGCAGGCACGGGAACGACGGUGGAAGGCGCAACUGCUAAUCAACCCGCUCACGGGUGAACUAGAAGAAACGCAGGUGGAAGAAGGCUCGGAAGAAGCGGAGAAUGGCAGUAAAGCAGGAGGAAGGCAGGGAAAACUGAACAUGGUUCGUGUAAAUGAUUUCCCACCUGAGGUUCCGAACUCGUUGUAUUCGGAUGAAGAUACAACCGGCAGCGCUGGGGGUCUUUCGUCGUCACGGUUCGUUUCGGAUGCAAGCGAUUCCGAUCGUCCUUCGCCAAUAUCGGGCGUUGUGUCCAUAGAGGGUGGAAGUAGCAUCAACACCACUGUGGGCAAUACAAUUUACGGUACUGCACCGUCAACAUCUGUUGCUAGCAAUAGUAGUGGCAUAAUGUCCAUGCCACUGACGGCGGCAACGGGUGCAGGAAAACCUGCCAAGGUUAAGAAGGAACGUGCGAAACCGGUCAAGGGCAAGGACAAACUGAAAUCACCGCUAGCGUCGAAGGACAAGCCGAAGGAAAAAGCGAAAGCCUCUUUGAAGACGGUUGUGAAGCAGAAAGCAAAAGUGCUCUCCACAUCAGUGAUGCUUGUCGAUGGAGCAGGAACCGGGGAUUCGCCAAGCAAGAAUGGAACCGAGUUGAAGCUUCGUUUGAAGCUAGAAAAACCGGAUCCUAUGGCCGCUCGGGAAAUUGGAAGUAUGCGUGUAGGUGGAAUAGGUAUUUUACCAUCGGUGACGGUUUGUUCCACGAGUUCCAGUACCUCUGUAGUGUCUGUAAACGCAAUCGCACCGGUUGAAAGGUUAACGCCAGAAAGCGAUGGGACAGCGUUAAUGACGUCGUUGCAGUUAAAUCCCGCUUCCCAUGUUCAGCAGUCUCCCGCGGCUACAUCCGUGCCAGCAAUAGUCAGCCAGGACGCGGGAAGUAGCUCCAUUAGUAGUGCAAGCAAUUUCGUCACCACAUCUACGUCACUCGUUGCCAGUAGUAGCACAAACAGUAGUUAUAACAGUAUCGCCACCACCACCGGCACUACUGCACAAGCUGCUGGUGCUAGUACGGGAGAGGAGUUGCGUGUACCACCGUUGCACAUAAGCCUGCGGGGGAAGAAUUCCGUAGUAAUAAAGAAUUCCCGUAAGGAUCGUAAGAAGAGUCAGAGCGGUGGAGAGGAGGACAGCAGUGAUGGUGGCGGUGUUGCGAAACGAUCCUCCACCGUUAAACGUACUCCGAUUGAGUUGAACACUCCGGUCUCCGGUACUGUGACGAUUGGCUCAACAACAUCACCACCUGCUUAUCACAAUCACACCGGAGUUGACACUGGGUCACUAAAAAGUACUGGUGGUACCGAGUCGACGGACCAUGGAUGCGAAACACCUUUCAGUUCCCAGAAGCGUUCGGCCGUGGAUGGAACGAGUGAAAGUGGUGGUAAUGCAAGUAGCGGCACAACAUCCACCGGCCAUUGUCCGAAUGGAUACGUUUGUCCGGAAAAGAAGCGAAGGCUCAGCAAUGGUGGUAGCAGCGUUAGUUUAACUGCAAGUGGUACCAGCGCACUGAGCACGUCUCUCAACAGUAGCAGUAGCAACAUCUCUGCCACAGAAGCAAUGACCACACCGACUACCGUCACUACCAGUGUGCAGGAAAUAAACGAUAUCUACGAGUCGAUAGUAACGACCAGCGCAAGUGGUCCGAUUGGUUCGACGAACGUCGGUACGGUACCGACGUCCAAUCUGCUCCAGUCGGCUACAAAAAACUCCAAGAGCUCCGGUGCGAAUAAUGCUAACAGCAGUGGCGGCAAUAACAUAAACAAUAAUAAUAUCAACAUUAACAAUAAUGGUGGCAGUUAUGGUAAGAAUCAGAAAAAUCUCGUCAAAGCAUCGAUGGAUAGUGCUGUUGUUGUGAGCACGGCAACGGUGACCGCAGCACAGCCAGCAAUCGUGUCUUCGGUGUUGUCUGAUGCAUCGACGGACAGCAGCAAAAAGGGUGAAAGAGCAGCAUUAGCAUCGUCAACGGAGACAUCUUCAGGAAACCCCAUAAGCUACACUACCGACAGCAACACGAUCAUCACCUCCACCAUCACUACAACCAUCAUCAAUACCACCAACACCACCACCACCACCACACCAACAUCUACCUCAAGCGAGAAAUCCUCCCUGAACGUGGAAAGCCAUCCUUCAAAGCGACCGUGCGUAGAGGAGGAGGAUUCCCAGCAACAGCAAGAGCUGAACAAAAUUAACACCAUCCUACAUCACGAUCAUCAUCAGCAUCACCUCCAUCAUCAUCCGGAUCAGUUGCAGGAACACCAUAGUAAAAAUCGACCACCGGAGCAACUGCUAGCGGACGGACCAUCAGAGGAGGAUGGGCAUAAAAGUAAAACCGACACUACUACUACGGGGGCAUCGCCUACACAUGCAGUUUCAGCAGGGAAAGGUUCUGCCACCGGUUCGCCACACUCUCCCGUGUUGACCAACGCAGUUGGGAUGGCUGGUGGCACGGCGGGUGCAUUAUCAACGGCGGCGACAAGCACCACAGGGGCGGUUGUUGCGGUUGGAGUAAACCAUCAUCUGCUCGGACAUUCGAAUGUCCGGGGCUCACCAGGAUCUCAGGCACAGGGUGAGGACAGUGGCAUAGAGUCUAUGGAUGCACUGUCGGAGAAAAGUCCCCAUCAACUGUCCACGCACAGCCCGCAGGGUUCGCACAGCAGUGGAGGGGCGGGCAGCAACGGAGGGACUGGUGGCAGCAGCGGCGGUAUCAGUAACAGUAGCUGUAGUAGCAGUACAAGUACUAACAUCCUUGAGGGAAAGCAAAUGCCUGCGGUCGAUAGUCUCCAGUGUGAUGACGGAAAGGUGCAGGAAGGAGGUGGAACUGGCGACGUGGAACAUUCGCGGUCAGAGAAAAACACACCCGAAAACCAAAAAGAACUGGCCAGUACACCGUUGCUAGAUGCAAACAUGGAGGACUACAAUGACAUUGAGGCGGCGUUAGCAAAGAUGGAAGGGUUGAAUGAUCUUGCGGUAGCCAUGAACUGUGGUAGUGAUGCGGAUCCAAAGCUAAACGGCGAUCAUUCCAUUCUUCUGAAACCGUCAAACAUGCUGCUCGAUCACAAUCAUCACGAAGCCACCACCUUGGAAAGCAUAGACCAGACGACGAAUCUGAGAAAGAUCCUGGACAUGGGCUUGGAAGUGGAACAAAAGCAACAGCAGAGUAUUAUUGACACGGGAAAUCUUCUCGACGAAGCUACACACGUGAAUACUGUGGCAGACGACGAACAUGCAAUAGAGCAGAAGCAGCAGCAGCAUAGACAACAGCAACAGCUUUCGGAAUCCCCGACGGGCAGGAAGAAGACCGGCGUUGAAAAGCGUGACUCCAUUGGGGGCAAAAAUAAGACAGCUGUAAAAACGUCCAAUGUCGCUGAUAGCGAAAUGCAAAAACAUCCUCAUCAUCAGCAGCAUUUGUCGUCCGAUGCCAUCAACCCGGACAGCAAAUUGAUCGCAAAGGUACCAGCGGGCAACAACAAUCAUCCGGAAGAGGAAGGAAAAAUAACGUCAGAUCUCGAUGCGAAAGUUUUCGACGGUAUUGAUGAUGGGAACGCUGUUCCGCCGCAAUCUGCUGACGAAUGUUGCAACCAUAGUAAAGAUAUCCCUAGUGUGAAAAGCGAAUGUGAUAGUAAGGUAAUGUUGUUAGUGGACGAUAAACAACUCUUAGUUAAGUCUGAUCCCGACGAGGCUAUCGUUAGUAGUGUAAAGAAGAGUUUAAGAAAAUCUUCUGACGAACGGCAGUCAGUUACCGUUGUCACCACAGCUAGCACACAAGCUGUCACUGUUGCUGCUACUACUGCUUCUGUUACUGUGAAGCUCGAGCCAGCACCACCGUCUCCAGCAUCAACGACGACGCCGUCUGCGGUGGGCGAAUUAAAAGUGGAGCCCAAAAGUCCCGACCCAGCUGAGCCACACAUCGAUUUGAAACCGCGACACGAACAACCACCACUGUACAGCUAUUCCAGUGAGAAAGCGCGCGAAAGGCGUACGGCUGCCGCGGCGAGCGAUGGUAUUCCGGCGGGAAACGGUGUUGCUAGAGGUGAUGUACGAUCGCGAAGGAACUCCUCGAUUGCAUCAUCAUCUGCCGAAGGGAGUGAAACGAAUACUGCGGUCGAUUCGGAGAAUGAGUGUUCCUCUUCUCCGAGUGGCAAAAGGACGCUAGUGAACUGCGUCGAACAUGAGAGUGCGGGCUGUACUACACGGACUGCGAAAGCCAACGAACAAUCGGCAGGUGCGGGGAAAGGUGUCGAUGGUCAUUUGCCUGUCGAACAGCAGCAGCAGCAGCAGCAGCAGCAGCAAGGGAAAGAGAUGUUAACUCAACUAUCGAUAGAAAUUCCAUCACACUCCGAUAGUGGAGAGCAUCGAAUUCGGACACGCGCAUCCAGUAAAUUGGAGAGUCCUCUAGAAUUGCCACCGCGUCAGAGUCCUUCGGCUUCGGCAAUGGGACAUGAUUUGCAUGGUUCUUCUGUGCCAUCCGGAGCUAGUAAUAGCAGUACCAGCGGCCCAGGAAGCAGUGCAAUUACGUCAGCAUCGAAAACUGGUGCUACAGCAGCGGUUGUCAAUGUGAAACAGCAUGCGUCCGGUGCAUCAUCCAAUGCAACUGGUGGUAGUGCUGCUGCUGCCGCCUCAACCACUGCCGGUGGUGGUAAUGAUCGUCAAAGUCCUAAAUCGGCUACAAUAUCUACAAGACCUGCUGCGAAUAAACGGAAACGGCAGGGAUCGGAAAGUUCGAACCAGUCCGGUGUUAGCGAUGAUGUUCCGACACGUGCCAAAAAGUCCCGCAAAGGAGCUGCUGCUGCAGCCACGUCGACAGCUGCCGACGCGAGUACGGCCGUUUCGGACACAGCGAAGCCUUCGUUGCGAAGAUCCGCGGAAAAUACUCUCGCCAAGGGACGCAUAUCGAGAAAAUCGGCUAACGCGGCAGCAGCGGCUGCGGCGGCUGCUGCAGCUGCAGCCGCCGCCACAGCAGCACCAACGACAGUCACUAUUGUCGCGGAUUCCUCCGACAGCGACGAACCUUUGAUUGAAAUUGCGGGUAAAGCUCGAAAUUCUAAACUAACCUCCAAAAUCAGCUCAACUUCUACCACUAGCAAUGCUACUUCUACUUCCUCUACCACCAUACAAUCUUUUACCGCUACUUCUUCUAUUACUACUUCUACUCUCACCUCUACUACUGCUACCACGACCAUCAAUACUACUAUUCGCAACAAUACCACCACCAACAACAACAAUACUUCGACUACAAAUUCUGCUUCAUCUUCCACAACCUCCUCGUGUAAAACCAUAGCAACAGCUGCUGCUGCUGGAGAUAGAACUACUGCUUUAUCGGCAGUGUCCCUCGGUACCAGUGAAAGCAUGGCCACGUCCACAACGAACCAAUCGGCAGCGGUGAUGAGUGGUGGUGAGAAAGAAAAGUCACAUCGUAACCAUCCAAGUAAGAGUGGAUCGAGCGCGAAGCAGGCUGCAAAUGCGGGUGUCGCAUCGUCGUCUUCCAUAGCAACGGCUGAGCAAGUGAGCACGAGUUCAGCAACGGUUGCAUCUUCCAGCUCUAACGCCAACGUUGCUGGUAGUAAUGGCCCCACAAGUAACACCAAUUCCGGUAGUGACAACGUUGGAGGUACCCAGAAAUCCGUACCAAACACUGUACCACCGACAACGUCUACGACUGUGUCGGCUACCGAUGAGAAAAUCAGCACUCGCCGUAGUGUACGCAUGACAUCAUCGACACUUUCCACGGCGGCAAUGAACAACAAGGCCAAAGCAGCCGCAAACGCACUGCUGCUCCAAAACGCCACGACACCAGCCACCACCAACAACAUCGAUAGUAACCAUCACGCAAAUACUGCCGUCCAUAAUAAUGCAGCGAUCGGUGAUGUUGCUGGCAGUGGUUCACCUGCAGCUGGUGGUGCAUCUGUUGGCGCAGCCGGUCAUGUUGGUGGUUCGGGUGGAUCUGGCGGUGCUGCAAAUGCGGUUGCACCCGGUGGAUUAAUUUCGGGCGGAGCUAAUGGUAACCAUACUGGCAAGGUGGCAAACCAUGUGAAUCACCAUCACGUCGGGACGGGUUUGAAAGGAGCCGGAUCCUCUGGUGGUGUUGAUGGUAAAUCGUCCCUGUUGGCGAACGCUGCCAGCGGUACUGUGGCACAGACAACCGAGAACAGCUCCGCUACGGAACUGCGCCGAAAAACGAGAAGUGCAGCUGGUCUCGAAGUCACAGUUAUUGAGGGUCGUCGAAGAAGGAUCUCCCGAGACAGCAAGUGA